AUGGCCCAGAAAUCUGGUUCAUUGAAAGCAAAUGGUGCAAUUCAACUUGCCACAUACUCGAAACCACUGCAUCUUUGGGACAAGGCCUCUGGAAAUGUCACAGAUUUCACUACUCACUUCUCCUUUAGCAUCAACUCACAGGGAAGAACAAGUUAUGGUGAUGGUCUUGCCUUCUUCCUUGCACCUGCAGGUUCAAGAAUUCUUUAUGACAGUGCAGGUGACAACCUUGGCCUUUCUACGAUAAGUCAGCAACUGAAUACAUCGAAUAAUCAUUUUGUUGCUGUGGAGUUUGACACCUUUCAGAAUGUCGAGUACAACCCGAUGGAUGAUCACGUAGGUAUUAAUAUCAAGUCUAUGCAAUCUGUUAUUAAUGUAACCUGGUUUAGUAGCAUUCCAGCUGGUAAGAGAACUGAUGUCUGGAUUAAGUAUAAUUCAACAUCAGAAAAUCUUACUGUUGUCUUUACUGGUUUCAAAGAUAAUUCUACUGUCACUGUCAUGCAGAGCCUAUCUUACAAUCAUGAUCCGAGAGAAUAUUUGCCAGAAUGGGUCAUUUUUGGCUUCACAGGUGCAACAGGAGACUUCUUUGCACUAAAAAGCAUCUAUUCUUGGAUUUUUUCUGCUUCUUUAGAAGAUAAUGACAGCUGCAGAUCCAUGGGUAGCCCUACCAAACCCCAAGCCAAAGCAUGCACAAAGAAAAACAAGUUAAGACUUGUGGUUGGAUUAGUUUCUGGCGGUAGUCUUUUAGUUGCAGUAUGUAUCUUGAUGUUAUUUGCAUUUUGGAGAAAGAAAAAGGUGAUAGAAGGUGAAG